AUGGCCUCCUCAUCGGCGUCUUCGAGGCACCAGGUCACCAUCACCCUCGGCCGCAGCGGUCAGGUUGUCAAAAGGAGGGCUAUGUCUGAUGAUAUUAACGACGAUGAAGUGCCAUCGUCAGGGAAAAAGCGAUCUGUGAGGGAUAGGUUAGGAAGUAAUGUGUCUGAUUCUGAUUUUUAUGAAAGCCAGCAGAGAAACAAAAGGCGAGCGACAGAAAGUAAUAGCUCACAUGGAGAUGAUGGUUCAGAUCGUCUGGUUGGCAAGGAUGAUCUGAGACUGAAACUCAUGAGGAAAGGCUUGUUACAGAGGAGCAAUGGUGGUGCAGAGCAGAAUGGAAUGGAUCUCCGUGAAAAGCUUUCCCGAAAUCAUAAGAAGUUACCAAGAUAUGAUUCUAGAGGCCAUGCUGCAGAAUCAAGGGCUAGUUAUGAGAUGAGAGAUGAGCCCCAGAGUUAA